AUGAAGGCAGGGAGCAAACCCAAAGGUGCUCACCUGCCCAAUGGGAUUAACCCCAGCAUGUGCAUGUACCAGGAGUUUGCAACGCUGACGCGGGAGCUCAGCGCGUGCCGGGAGCAGCUCUUGGAGAGGGAAGAGGAGAUCUCAGAGCUGAAAGCCGAGCGCAAUAACACGCGGCUCCUGCUUGAGCACCUGGAGUGCCUGGUGUCAAGGCAUGAGCGGUCCCUGAGGAUGACAGUAGUCAAACGCCAGGCCCAGUCGCCAUCCGGAGUCUCCAGCGAGGUCGAGGUGCUCAAAGCACUUAAGUCUCUGUUUGAGCAUCACAAAGCACUCGACGAAAAGGUCCGAGAGCGUUUGCGAGCAGCCUUAGAGCGAGUUGCAACAUUAGAGGAGCAACUGGUGGAUGCCCAUAGGCAGGUGGCCACUCUGCAGCAAGGCUCUGUACGGGAUGCCCCAGCAGGAGAGCGGGAUGACAGGGAGCCCAAGGAGCCGAUGCAGAAGUUUCCCUGGAAGACAUGCCUCUCUGCUGGCCGGCUCUCCAACGGCUCCGUCCACGCCGACGAUGAGGCAGGGCGGGUGGUGGAGCUGCAGGAGCUCCUGGAGAAGCAGAACUUUGAAGUGGUCCAGGCCAAGGAGCGAAUCUCUGCUUUGGCUGCCAGCAUCGCCGAGCUGGAGGAGGAUCUGGGCACUGCCAGGAAAGAUCUGAUCAAGUCGGAGGAGAUGGGCAGCAAGUACCAGAGAGAUCUCCGAGAGGCUCUGGCUCAGAAAGAGGACAUGGAGGAGAGGAUCACCACACUGGAGAAACGCUACCUGGCAGCUCAGCGAGAAGCCACCUCCAUCCACGACCUCAAUGACAAGCUGGAAAGCGAGCUGGCCAACAAGGAGUCCCUGCACCGCCAGUGUGAGGAGAAAGCCCGACACCUGCAAGAGCUGCUGGAGCUGGCGGAGCAGAAGCUGCAGCAGACGAUGAGAAAAGCAGAGACGCUGCCCGAGGUGGAAGCAGAGCUGGCCCAGCGCAUCGCGGCGCUCACCAAGGCAGAAGAGAGGCACGGGAGCAUCGAGGAGCACCUCCGGCAGCUGGAGAGCCAGCUGGAGGAGAAGAAUCAGGAGCUGGCCAGGGUAAGUGCUGCUCUGUCCAGAUGGGGGGGCCUUGUGGGGCCUGGUCCAGCUUCGGUUCCCUCUCGCUUUGGCCUGGGCGCAGCGCAACGGGCUGGCUCAGCUGAUAUCCCCAAUGCAGGAUGA